CUGACACCAGAACAGGAGUUCCCAGACCUCAGUCAGCACAACAACUACAUGGCCAAGCAUUUAACUUUGGACAUGUACAAAAAACUCAAGGAGCGCACUACAUCCAAUGACUUCACAAUAGAUAAUGUCAUUCAGACAGGCGUCGACAAUACUGGGGACCCUUUUGUCAUGACUGUGGGAUGUGUGGCUGGAGAUGAGGAGUCGUAUGAGGUCUACAAAGACCUAAUGGACCUUGUGAUUCAGGACAUACAUGGAGGUUUCAAACCAACAGACAAGCACAAGACUGAACUCAAUCCUGAAAAACUAAAGGGUGGUGAGGACCUCGACCCUAACUACGUUUUGAGUUCCCGCAUCCGCACCGGUCGUGGUAUCCGUGGAAUCUGCUUGCCACCGCAUUGCAGCCGCGGAGAGAGACGAACUGUGGAGAAGCUUGCGAUCCAAGUUCUGGAAUCAAUGACUGGAGACAUGCAAGGCAAAUACUCUCGCUUAAAGGACAUGACUGAAGCUGAGCAGCAGCAGAUGAUUUACGACCACUUCUUGUUUGAAAAGCCAGCGUCUCCUUUGCUGCUGGCCGCAGGGAUGGCCCGUGAUUGGCCAGACGGCAGAGGCGUCUGGUAUAACGAAUACAAGACGUUUAUCGUGUGGGUGAAUGAGAAGGACCAUCUGAGGGUGAUCUCAAUGCAAAAAGGAGGCAACAUGAAAGAAGUGUUCACUCGCUUCUGUGAUGGACUUGCUGAGAUGGAGUCCUUAUUCAAGAAGAAAGGUUACGUAUUUAUGUGGAAUGAUCACCUUGGCUACAUUGCCACCAGCCCUUCCAACCUAGGAACCGGUCUGCGUGCUAGUGUUCAUGUCAAACUGCCCAACAUGAGCAAGCACCCAGAUUUUGAUGAGGUUCUCAAGAGACUGAGGCUGAAAAAACGUGUCGUGACCGGUGGGGACGCAGCUGUCGCAGAUGGAGUUUUUAACAUCUCCAACAUUGACAGACUGGGUUACUCCGAGGUGAGACUGGUUCAGAUUGUGGUCGAUGGCAUCAGGGUGCUGGUAGAGAUGGAGAAGAGGUUGGAAAUGGAUGAAUCCAUUGACGACCUGAUGCCAAGCAACAUUGAGCUGAAGGGGCUGACCGCUAAGGAUGAGUUUCCAGAUCUCAGUAAGCACAACAACCACAUGGCCAAACUAUUAACCCUGGAAAUGUAUAAGAAGCUGAAGGAUCGCACCACCCCCAAUGGCUUCACAAUUGACGAUGUCAUUCAGACAGGCGUGGAUAAUCCAGGUCAUCCCUAUAUCAUGACUGUUGGCUGUGUGGCUGGAGACGAAGAGUCUUAUGAGGUUUUCAGAGAUCUGCUGGACCUUGUGAUUGAAGAUAGACAUAAAGGUUACAAAGCCAAAGACAAUCACAAGACUGAUCUCAACCCAGAGAAUCUGAAGGGUGGUGACGAUUUAGACCCAGAUUAUGUUCUGAGUUCCCGAGUGCGAACAGGCCGCAGCAUCCGCGGCUUUUGCUUGCCGCCACUGUGCAGUCGUGGAGAAAGACGUGCUAUUGAAAAGCUCUCUGUUGAAGCCCUGGACUCUCUGAGUGGAGACCUACAGGGAAAAUACUAUGCCUUAAAGAACAUGACUGAGGAGGAACAGCAACAGCUGAUUGACGAUCACCUGCUCUUUGACAAGCCAGUGUCUCCUCUGCUGCUGGCUUCAGGAAUGGCUCGCGACUGGCCUGACGGAAGAGGAAUCUGGCACAAUGAAAGCAAGACAUUCCUGGUGUGGGUGAAUGAGGAGGAUCAUCUGCGCGUGAUCUCCAUGCAGAAAGGCAACAAUAUGAAGGAAGUGUUCACUCGCUUCUGCUGUGGACUCACUGAGAUCGAGGCCGCGAUUAAGCAGAAAGGUGAAGCAUUCAUGUGGAAUGAGCACCUUGGCUACAUCCUGACUUGUCCAUCAAACUUGGGCACCGGUCUCCGCGCCGGUGUGCACGUUAAACUGCCAAAAAUGAGCAAGCAUCCUGAGUUUGGAGAGGUUCUUAGGAGGCUGAGACUCCAGAAACGUGGAACUGGUGGUGUGGACACAGAUGCUGUGGAUGGGGUUUUUGACAUCUCCAAUGCAGACAGGUUGGGUUUCUCUGAGGUGCAACUGGUCCAGAUGGUAGUUGAUGGCAUCAAGCUGCUUGUGGAAAUGGAAAAAAGGCUGGAGAAGGAGGAGUCUAUAGAUGACCUAAUGCCAGCUGAUCGCCAGUUAAACGUGUUUUCUGCUGAGCAAGAGUUCCCAGAUUUCAGCAAGCACAAUAAUCACGUUUCCAAGUUUUUAACCCUGGAAAUGUACAAGACGCUGAGGCAGCGUUGCACUCCCAAUGGCUUUACCAUCGAUGAUAUCAUUCAGACCGGCGUGGAUAAUCCAGGUCACCCGUUUAUCAAAACUGUGGGUUGUGUUGCUGGAGAUGAGGAGUCUUACAAGGUCUUCAAAGACUUGAUGGACCUUGUGAUUCAGGACAGACAUGGAGGAUACAAACCGAGAGAUAUGCACAAGACUGACCUGGAUGCUGACCACCUCAGGUGGAACAACGACCUGGACGCAAAAUAUGUUCUGAGCUGCAGAGUCCGAACGGGACGCAGUAUCCGUGGGUUCUGCCUGCCCCCACUCUGCACUCGUGGAGAAAGACGUGCUAUUGAAAAGCUUUGCAUUGGCGCUCUAGAUGCACUGUCUGGAGAAUUUAAGGGAACAUAUUAUGCCUUGAAGAAGCUGACAGAGGCUGAGCAGCAGGAUCUGAUCAAUAACCACUUCCUCUUUGACAAGCCAGUGUCACCUCUGCUGGUGGCCUCCGGGAUGGCCCGUGACUGGCCUGAUGGUAGAGGCAUUUGGCACAAUGACAACAAAACAUUCCUGGUGUGGGUGAAUGAAGAAGACCAUCUACGAGUGAUUUCCAUGGAGAAAGGCGGCAACAUGAAGGAUGUGUUCACUCGCUUCUGCACCGGUCUCAAAGAGAUUGAGGCUGUAAUUAAAGAGAAAGGUGAGGCCUUCAUGUGGAAUGAACAUCAUGGCUAUAUCCUGACUUGCCCGUCCAACUUGGGCACUGGUCUGCGUGCCGGUGUACAUGUGAAACUCCCGAACCUGAGCCAACACCCAAAGUUCAAGGACAUUCUUACGAAGCUGAGGCUCCAAAAACGUGGCACUGGUGGUGUGGACACAGCUGCUGUGGAUGGAAUCUUUGACAUCUCAAACACUGACAGACUAGGCUUUUCCGAGGUGCAACUUGUUCAGAUUGUGGUCGACGGUGUGAAGUUGUUGGUGGAUAUGGAGAAGAAGCUGGAAAAGGGUGGUUCCAUCAACAAUCUGAUGCCCGGU